AGUCAACAAGUUUUCUUCGAAGAAUUCAGUUGAACUUGAAUUUAAAAUUUUGUCACAAAAAUUAGAUUUUUCAAAACUUGAAUCAUGCAAUUAGUCAAAAUUUUGAUCUUGCUAGUUGCAAUCUCAAUUGCUGAGUCAUCUCCAUGGAAAGCUUGGUCAAAACCUAGCAAAAGAGUUCUUAAAAGACGAGAAGACAGCUUCAAACUCUUGCCAGAUUUCAACAUAGACCAAUCAGAAUACUGGGACAGCUCAGAAGAAGAUCAUGAUCAUGGCGACCAUGAACACCAUAAGCACGACUGCCAUAAAGAUCAUCAUCACAGCAAUGAACAGCACAGCCAUAAGGACCAUCACAGCAAUGAAGAUCACAACAGCCAUGAAGACCACAGCCAUGAAGUCCAUCAUCACGAAAACCAUGAAGACCACGACCACCACAAUCAUAAAGAUCAUGACUUUGACAGUUUUGAAGAUUCUGAUGAAUACGGAAUUUUAGAUUACAACACUCAAGGUUCUGAUUCUGAAGAAGAUAUAGACGGUCGACCUAGACCAAGACCAACAACUGAUAGACCACAAUGUAUUCAUUCUAGGUUCAAUAAUUACAGAACUAAACCACGAGCAAUGAAUCAAAAUUCAGUUUUUGACAUGCAAAUGCAAGCCAUGCAAGACAGCAAAAGGUUCUUAAAGUCUUUACAGCAAAUGUCUUCAGAUUUUGUUAACAUGAUUAAAGUUUAAAAGAUUUUAAAUAAAGAUU